GUUGUCAUGGACCUUCAAAAGCAAUGGGAGACAAAGGACACAAACUGGAUUAAGGAAAGAAUGGAAUUGCUGGACCAAUUUGACAAUGAAAGAAAAGAAUGGGAAAGCCAAUGGAAAGUUAUGCAGAAGAAGAUAGAAGAGCUUUGCCAGGAAGUAAAGCUCAGGAGGGAGAGCAAGAAGAAUGAUUGUUCCAAAACUGUUGAACAUAAUAAGAAUGUCCAAAGUAAAAUAGCACCAUUUAGACCACAUUCCUCAAAUUCAGGACAAUGUGACACUGCAGUACUGAAUGAUGGAUUCUAUCCUGUAAGUCCAAAUCCAGACUCUAUGAAAGGAGGCAGCUUUCUUGAGGAAAAUAUAUCAGUGAAUAAAUCCAAAAUGGUGUUCAUGGACCCUCUGACUACAGGGAACCAAAAGAAAUGUGAUGGUGCAUCUGACUUGAAGAUUUCUGAGGCAGAAAAAAGGAGCUGUACUCAUGCUCUCAAUACAGCUCUUGAGGAACUUGCCAAAGUUAGUGAAGAAUUAUGCAACUUUCAAGAGGAAAUCCAAAAGAGAUCUAACCCUAGAAGGAUGAAGUCAGCUCCUUUUCUCCAGGAAACAGUUAAUCUUGAUGUGAAUCACAUGGUCAGCAAUGGCCCCCCAACGACUCAAAUUGGUUUUGAUAUAGAAAAACAAAUAAAUAGAAAAAAGCCAAUCCAUUUUGAUAAUAUAGCCCAUGACACUCCUAUUAAAAACAGUCUUGUGGAUACACUUUUUUUGCAAAGAAAUGAAACUCCACCAAUCCCUCCUCCAAGGAGUACUUCUCGAAACUUGCCAAGCUCAUAUUCUAGAGAUUUCCUGGUCUUUGAUGGUCCAAAGGAAAAUUUAGACAAGUGGGAGACACAAGACUGCAGCAGUAAAAGGAAUUAUAGUAAUAACUUCCCUGAAAAGCCACAUGAAGCAACUGUGUCCAGCCCAUAUGAACAGAACACUUUGAAAAAUCAAAUUCCUUUUGCCACUUCAGUGGAAAUAGCCAAAACAGAUAGUGAAACUCAAUGUAAUAAGGACUUGGUGACUAAUAUAUGGCCACAUGAAAUAAGCAAUCUUGGAACAAGUGUGAAGAGUAUGCCCUCAAUAUUGUGGUUUCCAAAAACUUGCCUUAACUCUGAUAAGCUUCCAUAUGAGAAGCUAAUUCAAAGUCACCAGGCUAAUUCUGGCGCUGCUUUUCAUGAAAGGGAUGACCUGAAUUCCUCUUUGAAACCUAACAGUGACUCAUUUACAGGAGCUGGUUGCAACUUUGAAAAGAUUUCAAAGAAUGAAAAAUUGGCAGCAAAGACAGAUGAAUUUAACCGAACUGUAUUUCGAACAGACAGAUGUUGCAGUUCAGUACAGCAUAAUCAGAGGCUCUCAAAUUCUUCCAAAGACUCUAAGCCCUGUGAUCCAUUAUGUACAUGUGCAGUUCAGGCAAAAGAAAAUGACAAUCUGUGUUGCGCUCAGAACAGCCUCUCAGUGCUCAAAGAAAGAAUGUCAAAUAGUUUUACCAAAAAAGUCAUGGGAGGGCAAGCUAAGCAAGCACAGGAGCAUCUUAAUACUAGCAAUUAUCAUCACAUGCUUCAUGAACAUAACUGGAGACCCAGUAAUUUGUUAGGUCGUCCACGAUCAGCUGAUCCCAAGUCAAACUAUGGAGUCGUGGAAAAACUGCUGAGAAAUUAUGAGAACUCAACAGGGUCUUUGUCACAAAACUCAAAAUCCUUCCAAGAUCAGUGGACAAAAUUGGAUUGCAAUGUCAUUAACAGUGACAAUGAGACCUUUAGUCAGUGUUUAGAAAUGUUUCCACCAGAACAAGAAAAGCAAGAACUUCAGAUGAAGUCAGUUAUGUCUAUGGAGCAGCAAAGCAAAGAAGGAAUAGAGAGGAAAAACUUAACAAAGGAGUCUGUGGCAAUGAAAUCAACUGAUGGAAAAGGGUUUUCUCGGCCUACCCGGCCAGCAAAUCGACGCCCACCUUCCCGAUGGGCACCCAGAUCCCCAUCUGCACCCCUCGCCUUGAAGAAGACUGUGUAUGACUACUCUUUUUCUCUGCAAUCAGAGACCUCAGUUGUCUGAGUCUUCCUAAGACAGGAUUGGUAGAUCCCAUGGCCAAAGCUCUAGACUUUCUUAACAAACAGAGCAUUCUGUGUGUUUGUAGCCAGUUGUGUCCUGCUCUGUAUCCUUCAAGAUUAAGAAUUCCAUCUAUCAAUAUACAGAACAAGCAGUUAACAAUCUUAACUUUUCAUCAGUCUUCAGUGUUUUUAAUCAACCGAUGAACCAUCUUCCUGUAUUUUUCCUUUGUUUAAUAGUUCAGCACAGCUUUUUUUUUUUAAAUAUCAUCCUCAUUGAUUUGCCAAUUGGAUUUAUGUUUAAAUGGUGUACAUAUUUAUAUAUUCUAAUGUUCCUGCUAACAGCAGAAAGUGAGCUUGUAUGCAUGACAACAUGUCUGUAGGUGCAUGUGUUGAAUAGGAAGUAUCCUGGUAUGUACUUAGGUGAGUCAAAGUUAUGUGCUAGUGUUGAUCUUACAAUUAUAACAUGUAUAUCUAUAUAUCCUUUGUGUUUAUUUUAAAAGUUUGAAAAUAUGCAGUACUGAUAUUUAUAUUUUGGUUAUUUCUUACUUAGAUAAGAAUACUUAGGUAUUCAGCUAUGAUGUUUGGGGUUCAGAGAAAAAGUUAUCUUAGGCACCCCAACUGCAACAAUAUGCAUCGCAAAAUAUGUAUCAUAUACAGAUUCAAGCUUAGUGGAGUAUCUUUGAUAAUAUUCUUAUAGCACUUCUUAACCUUUAUACUGAGAAAACACCAUAGUUGGGCUGAUUUUCCCCCUUUUGUAAUGAAAAAUUGCAUAAUUUGUACCAGAGUAGCCUCCUGAAGCUGAGAGUUCUGCCUAAAAUACCCACAGAUACUUUUCUGUAUUGCUCAGUACAGGAGGUAGCUUUUACUUCAUGUUUGCCUCACUACAAUUUGGGAACUCCAAUUCAUGGGAAACUAGACCUUAAGGAGCUUCUUUUGGUGUUUUAGUAACAAACUCCCCUGCAAAGGGACAUGAAGCAAAGGUCUGCUUUGUUCUAAAUUCUCUGUAGUGAAUAAUUAUCAGUUCAAUUCAACAAAACUUUAAUAAGCUUCUAUUAUAUACCAAGCAUUGGGGACUCAAAGCAAAAUAGUACCUGCCCUCAAAGAGCUUAUAUUUUAUUGGUGGGAAAUAGCAUAUGCUUAAUCAAGUUUUUGUGUAGUCAUACUAUCUAGACUAAUGAACUUUAGGGCAGUGGGUAAAUCUAUACCAACACCUUCAGUUUUUACAGUUGUCACCUUCUUUCUUAAAAUUAUUGGUAUAAAAGAAUAAUUCACUUUAUAUUAUCAAAGAAGAAACAUAUUUUGAUUCUCACCUAAAUUAUGGUGACUUUUCUCUUUUUCUGCUUCAAACAAGUUAUUAUGUAUCUAUAUUCCUAUAUAACAUCAGUUACAGUUUUACAGUUGUGAACUGGCAACAAACUGAAUUUAGAGAGUAUAUAUAUUUCUUUUUACCCUUCUAAGGAAAAUCAAAGUAUUCUGAUCCCUGAAAAAUUAAGAUUUAAGGUUUAGAAAUAACCAUGAUCUUUUACUUGUCUCUCUGACAAGUUUUACAUUGUAUUUAUUUCUCAGAUAUUAACUUCUUUCAAGAGCUUCCUUUGCUGCCAAAAACUUAGUUGGUUCACAUGAUUGGAGUCCUUUGCCCACAGGGAUUCAAAGAGCCUGUUUUUUUUUUUUUGUUUGUUUGUUUGUUUGUUUUAUCAGCAGUCAGAUUAUAGAAAUGUACUUUACCCUGGAUGAGGUCUUGAGGUCUUGAAGUAUUUAUAUUUAGGUCUUAAAUUCCCCCCUUGCCUUAAAAAGCUCAGGGCUGUUGCAUUGUGAUAGAUUGAGAUUUAAUUUUUACCUGUAAACAGAUGGAGUUUACCAGGAGUUAAAUUGCUUGCUUCCAGACAUCUCAAUGGAUUUAAAUUUGGGCCAUUCAGAUUUCAAGAUCAUUGCCCUCCAUCUUUUUAGUGCAUUUCAAGCCUUCAUCAUAACACAAUGCUGCCACCUUCAGAGAAAAUCUACAUAAAUUCCAAAUGAUAUGACUCUCAAAACAUGCAUUUUUUUUUAAUUUGGAGCUAGAGAAGGGUGGGGAAGGAAAGAGAGAACUGAACAGUUCUGAGAAGCAUGGUUGGUUUGUGGUAUAAAAAUUCUGCACUUAUUGGGAAGUCAGUACUUUUUUGCAUGGUAAGAAGGACCUAAUAAUAAUACCUGAAUGCCUGACUAGUUUGUUGUACUUGUUUGUGUUCUACUUUAGAGGAUCUAAUAUAGAUGCCAUCUCUUGGUAAGGUAGAUGUCAACCUACACAUUCAUGCCAUUUUCAUAUUAAGUACCUUUUAAAUGAAUUAGCAAUACACUUGACAAAAACAAAUCUUCCACCUUUAUCUGUAUGAUUUUUUUUUUAUAAAUGUGCUAUACCUUUCUCAGGAAAAAAAAUUUUACCAAGUGUGUGAAAAAUGAUUCUGUAGUAGUAUUUGUGUUAGUGUAAGGAUUUAAUGGAUGAUUUUUCAAAUUAAAUGAUAGAAUACUUCUUGAAACUUAAAAUAUAUAUAUAUGUAUGUAUAUAAUGGAUAAUUCAACAACACAUUCUAUAUAGGCAAUUCUAAAAGGUGCAGAUAAGAUGCUGAUCUGCAGGAGUGAAGGGAGCUCCCUACACUGAUGAAAUCAAAGAUAUAAAUAAAAAAAUAAUGCCCAUAUUGCAAAAUGAAUGACUUUGGAGCUAUAUGAACAUUUAUUAAAAAAUUUACCUAUUAGAAACACUUUCAUCAAUACAAGUUUUUCUGAACCAAACAUUAUGGAAAAGAUAUAGAGCAAUCUAAAUUCAUGUGAUUAGCUUUCACUUUUGGUAAUAAGAUUAUUAGUCUAGACUAAAUGUAUUAACUAGUAUUUCUUGUCAUCCAAAUUUUGGAGAGCCAACAGUUAAAUCCAGGGAAUGGAAUGGGAAUAGGAUUAAACACAGAUGGAAGUUUGUGAGUUUCUAGCAUGUUUGCUUGUGUGUUUGUGUUUAUGUCUAAGUGUUCUAUGUGUCUCUUUGUGUUCCAAGGCCAUAAAUAUAAGUGAUUAUUUGGAUUAUCAACUGUUUUUAUUAUCCAUAAUUGUUCCCUCAUUUAUCACAGGUAAUUUUGUUGGUUGUGUUUUAUUUUUAAGAUAGUCCCACAAGGUUGCCACUAAACUCUGGAUAUUGUCAAAUAAAUUAGGGGUUUCGUAACAAUCUCUGUCAUCCUAUAAAAAUAUUCUUUCCUAAAAGGGAGAGUUUUUGCUUUUGUUUAUUUUUCAAUGAUUGAAACUAUUUCUUUUGGUAAAUACAUGUUAAUAAGCUCUUGCUUUUAUAAUCUCUCCUUAAACUGUUAAAAUAUGUCCAAAUAGAAUAUGGGUUUAUAGAAAUACCCAAUGUGGCCUUUAUUUCAAGAAACAUGUGAUUUACUCUUUUUUUUCCUGAUGAAUAUGAACCUCCUAAAUUAUAAACAUAAAUAUAAACAUAUUUCUCCUUCUUGUCUCUUCUGGGAGAUGGCUCCAAGAUGCAGAAGGGAAACACAGCUUACCUUGAUUGUUCAGUUCUAGCAUUUUCUUACACCACUAUAACUAUGAUAUCUAAAGACUAGUGUACUACUUACCUACUCUAGGGAUUUUAAUUCAUAUCUUAAUUGAAUUGAAUUUGUGUGAAAAAAGCAUUCCCCUGAAAUGAAUCAGAUAAUACCAAAUGAUCUAAUUGUUGCCUAGAUAUGUAUGUUCACUUUUGAUAGAGUAUCGCUUGAAAUUGUCUAUUAAGUACUGACGCUAGAAAUAAUAUUGGGUACUCAAUUAUAUUAUAAAGUUGUCCUGAUUAGCAAUAAAACCCAAAGGAAGGCAAAACUAAAACAUAACUCUUCAGGAACUAGGGCAUAUUCAUCAGAAUCUUCUCUCAGACUACAUUUAUAUGGCCUAAAUAUAGUACAUUUAUGGAAACUGAAGCUCUAUUUAACUGAUUAUUAUACAGUUUGAAUUAUUCUGUGCUUUUGUUGUUGUUAUUGUUUUUUUUUUUUUUAACAUAGCAAAAAUCUUUGCAACCAUUUUAAAAACACAAUGAUUCAUAUGAUUUGGGUGUGACUGAAAUGCUGUCUUUUUGAAGUCAGGCCACUGGCAAUGUCCUAAAGCCAUUUCACCUCAAGCAUUUUCAUAACUUUUCUUAUCAUAUAGAGAUUACUUUCAUAAAAAUGGUGAGAUUGCAAGAAUUCAAACUUUGGUAUCGACUAUACAGACUUAGAGUAUUGAAAUCAGAUGCAUAUGACUAGUAGAUUCUGCUUAGUUUAUUAUCUGCUAAUAUUGAAUUAUAUUUAUUUAAGUGAAACUAUUUAAAUGACAUUAUAUGACUAUGAGGAGAUGAAAAAACAGUUAUUUUUAAAUUACUUACUCAUUCCCCCUGCUGAAAUAUCUUUAAUAUAUAUGUUAAAACCUGUUCUUUUUUUCUUCUUAUAUAUCUAAUUCCAAAUUAUGCUCUAUAUACAGUGUCUCAAAAUUCUUAGUGAUGUUUUUGAGAUAAUAUAAAUACUAUAGUAUCAGUUUUUAAAGCAUUCUGAAGGUAUGGUUUCAAUACAUCCUGAAUGGAGCCCACUUUAUUAAAAUAUUGUUCAUAUGAA